UUUUGAUAACAAAAAAUUGAAUCAACACAAAAUAAAUAAAACAAAGUUUCAAUUUUACACUCUUUUUUAUAAUAAAAAUCAAAUUUUCGAAGACAUCGGUUCAAGUUUAAAAAUUUUACUUCACUCUAAAAGCUCCGUAUUUCAUCACAUUCAAUUCUUUCAAAUUACCGUUGUAAAUGUGUGAUGCGUCAAUAGAAAAUGUCUCCACCUGAAUUUAAAAAAGACGACAAACGUUCCAAGAUGCCCAAAUUGGCUCCUCUUUCACCAAGCCCCGUAUUGGAUAUAAGCGACGAUGAAUUGGUUUCUAUUUCCGUUCGAGACCUGAACAGGCAACUUAAAAUGAGAGGAUUAACUAAAGAAGAAGUUAUACGUAUGAAACAAAGAAGACGUACGUUGAAAAACAGAGGAUACGCUGCUAGUUGUCGAAUCAAACGUAUCGAACAAAAAGACGAACUGGAAUCGGAAAAGUCGCAAGAAUAUCGUGAUAUGGAAAGAAUGCAGCAGGAUAAUAAUAUAAUGAGAGAAGAAAUAGAAGCAAUGAUAUUCAAAUACGAAGCUUUAAAGAAAUUCGCAGUAAUGAAGAAAAUACCCAUCCCUAUGGAGCUUGAAAAUGUUCGAUAACACGAUCACUUGAUCGGUAAUGCGGAUAUACCUAAUAAUUUAAGCACAAAUUCAUCAUCGUUUUUUUUUUGUUUUUUUUUUUACUAUAACGUAGAUCCUCCAAAUACCUCUUUUACUAUACGAAUACGACGCGACGGAUAUUUGUUACUCUUUUUUUCGCUAUUUUUUAAGGUUUCUCAUUUUUUGAAAAUAAUUUCAUCGAGUGUUGUACAUUUUUCCUUUUUUGUAAUUCAUGUUUCUUAUGACUUUUUUAAGAAAAGAAAUUCAUACGGUUGAAUAAAGUAUUUUUUAAUAUUAAA